CCUCUCCUUUCCUCCCCUCCUCUCCUCCCGCGUGCAGAUCUCUCCUCCAUCUCCUCAUCACUUUCCCAGUCGGCCAGCAAGCCUGUCGGAGCUCCUCUAACUGUGCGCACCACUGUGCCGCUCCGCGCUGACAAACUGCAAGACGGAUUUUUUAUUUUUAUUUUGUAUCUGAUGAUUUUCUUUUUAGCCGGUUGCGUGUUUCGCACAUUUCCCCCGCAGCUCGAGGGAAAGCCCCGUGGAGUUUUUUGGCGUUUUUUGGUAAAGAAGAAAGCAAAACGAUAAAAUAAUGCAGCAGCAGCAAAGGAUCCGAGUCUCACGAGCGUCCCUCCUGGAUUAAUGACAAAUGGAUGCCAGGCAACGAGCCUCACCCCCCUCACCAACUGCUAUGGAGGCACGCCAAGCCAUGCCAGUGACCUUUAUCGCACCAUGAAUGCAAGCUCUGCCGCUCUAAGAGGACACAAGUAACCUUUUCUUGUUAUCUAAGAAGGAGCUGUUGAUCUGAAGAGAGAGGAGGGGAAGGCGGGGUGAGAGGUGGAGAAGGGAGAAGAAGAAGAAGAGUCCAGUAAAACAAACAAAUAAACAAGCAAACUAAAAGAAACACACGCAUCAACAGGAUGCCAAAGAGGUCCAAGGAGAUGCUCGUGGAUCUGUGGAUGUCCUUGCUGCUGGUGUGGAUUACUUGCGUCCCCUCCAUUUCCGCGACCCCGAUUGGGGGCCAGUCCAGAACAGCACAAACCGAAGGGUCGGCGCCGGCGGUGGCAAGCGGUCUUGGCGAAGGACAAAGAUUACUAAGCCGUGCCAAGAGAGGAUGGGUUUGGAAUCAAAUGUUUGUGCUGGAGGAAUUCUCUGGACGGGAUCCAAUCCUGGUUGGCAGGCUACACACAGACUUGGAUGUCGGCGGCAAGAACAUCAAAUAUGUUCUGGCAGGAGAGGGGGCAGGCACCAUCUUCGCCAUCAAUGAGUUAACGGGAGACAUCCACGCCAUGAAGAGGCUGGACCGCGAAGAGAAAGCAGAGUACACGCUAACGGCCCAGGUCAUUAACGCCGACACAGACGAGCCUUUGGAGCCACCGUCCGAGUUCAUCAUCAAAGUCCAGGACAUAAACGACAAUCCACCGCAGUUCAUUGAAGGCCCGUACCGGGCAUCCGUUCCAGAAAUGUCUGGGGUUGGUACUUCAUCGAUCGGCACACGGAUCUGGAGAGGCAGUUCAACAUCAACGUGGACGACGGGAAGAUCACGCUGGCCAAGCCGCUGGACCGGGAGACAGACAUGUGGCACAACAUCACAGUGACCGCCGCCGAAGUCGGAAACUACAGUCAGAUAUCAAGAGCAAUUGUGGCCAUCAGAGUAAUGGACAUUAACGACAAUGCCCCUGAGUUCGCCACCGAAUACGAGGCCUUUCUGUGUGAAAAUGGAAAACCUGGACAGGUGAUUCAGACUGUCAGUGCUGUAGACAAAGAUGACCCAAUCCAGGGCCACUACUUUGACUAUAGCCUGGUCCCAGAGAUGUUCAACAAUCCCAACUUCACCAUCAAAAACAACCAAGACAACUCAAUCAGUAUCGUCACCAAGCAUGAUAGCUUUCGCCGACAGAAGCAAGAGAUGUACUUCCUGCCAAUCAUUGUGACGGACAACGGGAAUCCACCGAUGAGCAGCACCAACACCUUGACCAUCCGGGUCUGUGGGUGCAGCAGAGAGGGAAUUGUCCAGUCAUGCAACGUGGAGGCCUACGUCCUACCAAUUGGUCUCAGCAUGGGGGCUCUCAUCGCCAUUUUGGCUUGCAUCAUACUCUUGUUAGUAAUAGUAGUACUAUUUGUGACCUUGAGGAGACACAAGAAUGAGCCCCUGAUCAUCAAGGACGAUGAAGACGUGAGGGAGAACAUCAUCCGGUAUGACGACGAAGGAGGCGGAGAGGAGGACACCGAGGCCUUCGACAUCGCCACGCUGCAGAACCCCGACGGCAUCAACGGCUACUUGCCCCGCAAGGACAUCAAGCCGGACCUGCAGUUUAUGCCGCGGGCUGGGCAGCAUUCAGGCCCGAACGGCGUUGACGUGGACGAAUUCAUCAACGUGCGGCUUCAUGAGGCGGAUAACGAUCCGACGGCUCCGCCUUACGACUCCAUCCAGAUCUACGGGUACGAGGGCAGGGGAUCCAUCGCUGGCUCCCUCAGCUCACUGGAGACGGCGUCAUCAGACUCAGACCAGAACUAUGACUAUCUCAGAGAGUGGGGCCCACGCUUCAGAAGACUUGGGGAGCUCUACUCUGUGGGUGAAAGUGACCGUGAGACCUGACCUUUGGUUUGUUAGAGAUAAAAAGACCUUUCAGAUUUUUUUUUUCUUUCAACAUAUUUGUGUAUUAAACGCUAGGGUUUGCUGGCUCGUAGAAAUGUGUUAAAAAGAAGAAAAAAAAAACAUUAAUAACAAGAGCAGCCACCUUUUUUGUAUUUUUUUUAGAGUGAGGUUUAGCAGUCAUCAUCCACUACGUCAAACGCAAUGUACUUGUUGAGCCAAACAACGUCUUUAUUAGGAGAUUCUUGUGGAGUGUAACCUAGAUUCAGUGUGGAGUGUCUAGCAGUACUUCGGAUGUUUGUCAUUUGCCGUGACUGCAGGUAACAGACAUAACCCUGGCAUUUUUGGUAGUUACCAAAUGAACGAAUACUGUUGGUUCCUUGGAGAUCAAAUGCUCGCCGUAACCCAGUGCUCUUUGGACGCCAAGCAGAACUACAGAAGCUGCAGUAGGACUGUCCGUGUCUCCCAAAGCCACCCAGCGGAGAGGUGAGGGGGGAUGAAAAUGAAAAAGCAAUACCUGGUCUACAUUACAAUGAUGAAUGUAUGAAUGGAUUGGAAAUAAAGCAAAAGGACUAACCAGUAUUGGCUUUAAGGUGAAAUUGUCAUAAUUUGAUAUGUUCUCUGGUGGCCACAUUUAUAGACUAUUUGAAAGCCCUGAGGGCUUCCUUUAUACAACUCUUUGUAUUUACAUGCUACAGGUGUGGGUCGCAAGUGUUAGUAGCCUAUAAAAGACUGACAUAAAGACAAAAAACAGAAAUGUAGAAACUUUGAGGCCUUCUUUUUACAGAAGCAACAUUAAAUACAAUUGUAAUCUACUGUUUUUUGACAAGAGAUGUGUUGAUUCUUCAUUCUUGUUCUAUCAGUUUUUGUAUAUCUGUUCUUAAGUCUUCAUUUUUUCCCCCCUGUGCUAUUUGAAAUGAGUGUGUUUAGAUGAUUUUACAUUCUUUUUUAAACACUUGAUCACUAUUUCAUAACAGCCAAAUGAUAACAUGACUUCUUGCAGGUGAUGGAUGAUUAGGCAUGGACGUUUUAACAAAGGUUACAAUAUCACCUUUACGGUUUAAAGUCCUUUUAAUGUGAAAGCAGAGAAGGUUCUGGAGGGGCUGGAGUUUUGACUGGCUGUGUGGAGCAUUGAGAAAUGCCAUGCUGCCCUUCCCCCACAUAUUGCUGUGCACUACCGGUUCUCUGGCUAAAACAAGGUUCCUACACCUUUUACUCGUUAAUACGACAAGAAACGAAAAUACUGAACACAUCAAUGUUUUUCCUCUCUACGUUUAUUUCUAAUGGGCCCAUUGACUAGACUUUCUGUUCAAAUGCAAGCAUCAGCCCAAGUAGUCUACACACUUAACAAAUUAGUUGAUGAAUUCUUUGAUGUUAUAAAGCAGAAGGGUACAGUCAAUAAGUUGGUCAUAAAAAGCUGCAAAUCCAGGAAACCAGCUAUCAUCUGUUGUUAUACGAGGUGGCUUUAGUCGUAAUCUAUGGCAUUUAUAUACAUACCCCCUUACCAAGAUCAUGAUCGUUACAAAACAUAUAGCUCAAGACCUUUGCCACCCCAUUAUUGCAAAACGUUUAAAUGGCAUUGGUUACAGACCCAUUUCUAAACUGCUGAAUGUUUGAUUGAGCACUGUUGUGUUCAUAAAACAGAAGUGCAAAGAACAUCAAUUCCCCAUAAAUCAGCCACGGUAUGGCGCUCCUUGCAAUAUUUAUAAGUGAAAAUCCCCCAAAAAAACAGAUUACAAUCAGAAUAGCUCAUUAUAUUAGCUCUUGCACAUAAUGAGCAGUGCAAACCACUAGUACUGAAACUAGCAUGUACAGUUUUUGGGAUGCAUAGAGGUAUAGAACUGAACCGCCAUGCUCAGUCUAAUGCUACACCACUGAAGAAAAAGAAUGCUCAAGGUAACUAAAUGUUUGCUAAUGGACAUUUGCAGAAGAUAGUGAAGCCCUGGGAGAAUAUAGUUUGGGUCAAUAUUGUAGGACCAAAGUUUUACCCUUUGCACAGUCCAUGUUUAGAGAAUAAAUGGGCUAUGCUAAACAACACCAUAACAACAAUGAAGUUUGGAGGUGGGAAACAACAGAUUUAUUUUAUCAUAUGUUAAUUAAUGGGCAAAUAUACCAGGACAUCCAUGAUCAGAAACUGAACAUAAAACCUCAACUGGUUUUAGAGAAAGUAAAUAAAAGUUUCAAGAAUGGCCCAGUCACUUAUGACAGAAUAUUAAGGCCAUUGUAGAUCAAAGAAAGAAAAUAUUGUGGCAACUGGGUGUAAAUUUCCACCAGAAAAGCUCAGAAAUUUCUAGUUUAAUUUCACAUAUUUACAAGAAAAAAUAUUUCUGUAUUGUUGAAAAUAUUAUACGACAUGAAAACUAGGAUAUUCUCUGGGAUUAUAAUACCAGAAACAAAAAUGGCUAAAAGGCCUCUAAGGUUUAAGUGAUAAAUUUCGGAGAUGCACUUCUAAAAAUAUAUUUUUCAGAAUAUAUAUUCCAGUAUCAGAACAACAACAGCUUAUUCCUCACUGUUUCAGGUUUAUGUAUAUUCCUGAUCCUGUUUGAAGUGAGUCUGCAGCCAACAUCAGAUAAAAUUGUAGCUUUAAAAUCAUAAAUAUAUGCCAUAAUCAUGGACAAUUAUACUUUUUUUCAGGCAAAUUUGUUUAUUCUUGUAAAUUAAAAUAAUUUAGAGUAAUUUAGUCAUAAUCACUCAACUUGACUUGCUUUAAAAGGUUAUUGAAGUAUUGAAUUACAUGCUAGAGACUCCCAGAACCUUCAAUAUUUCAAAACUGUUUGGACGAAUGGUUCAAAAUCACAGUGGAGCAGUGUAUACCACUAGUUCCUCCAUACAAGAAACAUUAUGAAGCUGUCAGUUUAAAAAAAAAAAAAAGUAUGCUUUUCUAAAUUAUUGCAUUAUGGGUUCUCUCCAGGCAACCUGCCCUGGGUGUACCCAGCCCCCACUCCCCACAUCACAGUUGCAGAGAGGCACCAGCCAACCACAACCCCACCCCAUACCACCCUGCAAGGAAAAGUGGGUUCAGACAAUGGAUGGAUGACGGUUCAAUACUUAUUUCCUAUGCCCUUUGCCUUUUUCGCACAGAAUCUAUAGAUUUAUUGUGCUGUUUUUUUUUAGUUCUAUUUGUGAAUUACUUGGGUUGUUGCCCUCACCUGAUGUUAAUUUCACAUCAGUAGCCCUGCUGGAAAUAAAUUAUGCAGAGAUAAAAUAGAAUAGAGAGAAUUACUCGAUUGUCCCAUUUUGGGGCAACUCAAAAUGUUGAUGUGUUCUUACUGUACCCACUAUCACGAAGACAAACACAGAUUAAAAAAAUAAAAAAUAAAAAUAUUUGCAAAAACAUGGACAGCACUAUACCACGAAAACCAUGGUACGGUAUAUUACCCAAAGUUAUUAUUUCAGUAUUCACAUACCAGCCCAUGCCUAGUGAUGCCACAGACUAGAUGAAAGCAGGCACACCGCUGCUCUAAAAUUGCUGAAACAAAGCAGAUGAAAAAAAUAACAUGAUACUUGGACUUUGAUGUCACACGCUGACUGAAAAUAAAAUGUAACCUGGCCCAUGUUCAAGGGUACAACCAAUGAGCCUCUUAGCACAACUGUCCAAUUCGGACCCAGGAGUGAAACUUCCUUCAAACAUCACACCUCAUUUAGUGAACACAGAUCCCAUUAGCCCAAGAAAAAUGUGCAUAUUGUGCUUACACUGUAUGAUAUCAAUAAAAAAAGUCUUGUACUGUACAUAGAGUUACUGCUAACGUCAUUAGCUUUCAAUGAGGUGGUAGGUUUUGUCUCUGCACGUUAGCUCUUGCACAUAAUGACAAUUUCAAUGGCACUACAGCUGCGUGCAUACUCAGUUUGUACUGAUACAGUAUUCCGGCAGUUCUUAGUAGACAAAACAAUAUAUAUGGGAUAGUUCUACAUGCAGAUCAUAUUUUCUACUGUGCUUUAAUGCUUAUAAAUGUGUAUGUUCAAUUAUUUACUCCCUGUACUGUAAUCUAAGAUACCCUGUAUUGUUUCCUACUUUGUGAAAUAUAUUUUUAUAAAUAUUG